CGAGGGAGUGAACGCCACAAAAAGUGAACCUUCCGGGGGAUGGGGAAAUUCCUUCUCAUGCACAUUUUUAAAAUUGAUGAGGAACAAGCGCUGCAUAGACGCAGGGAAAGUUCAGCUGUCCUGCGGCGUUCACCGCUGGGAGAUUUGCGCAACAGCGUCUGUACGUAUGUGCGCAUGUGCGUACGUGCACACCUGGGUGAACACUGGUGUGCGGUGCGUCCGCGCGGAAACGGGGCGCACACACGACUCUGCGAAAUUACUCUGCAAAAUUACUCUGCAGGGUUGCUCUGCAAAAACGCCGCGCUCGCGAAACUCGGCCCACUGCGGUAGUUUCCACUGCGGUAGUUUCCACUGCGGCAGUUUCCCCUGCACGAGCGAACGUUUGGCAGGGACCAGGAGAGGCAAAAAAUUCCCACCCGCACCAACUGCAGACCACCCAUUAGCAUGAACACCCGCCCGUGCAACGCACUUGCGUUAUUGGCGUCCCUGCUCUCCAUGGCCUCCCCCGGGCACAGCCUAACCCCAGCGCACUCGAUGCCCCCGGAACAGACCCAAUGGGAAAGGGAACAAAACAACAGCGGGUGCAACAACCCAGUGUUGCUAAAAAUAGUGAAAAACGAAAUGAGCUUCGAGCAACUACCUUCCAGUAGUCUCCUCAUGACAUCAAAGACACACAACAUAAAUGAGCUCUUCGUUAACUUUUUGGGAGAUAAAAAAAUGAGCGAAAUCGUCAAGGCCUGUGGGGACUACAUUUAUUUGAAGAACCUUCGGAUGGUUAUCUUUACCAUCAAGGAGAAUGUGGACAUUAAUUUUUUGCGAAGCUUUUUCCGUGUCCUUAUAAAUAGUGACGUGUGUGUGGAGUUCAACCAGAGGGCCUCUCUUCAGGAUGGUUGA